AAACAUUGGAUUGUUAUUGUUUUCCUUGACAGGAUUUCUAUAUUAGAAAACAAAACGAAAGAGGAUACUACAGAAGUAAUUGUUUUAUUACAUUUUUAUAUAAACUUUAAGAGAGAAUUAAAGACCGGACAAUAAUUAUUAAAGAAAUGAGCAUUAAUUGGAUAAAAAUAACAGACAGAGCCCGUGAAGGUAUAAAAAUCAUAAAUUCCUUACCCUACAACACCUUUAGCACGGUCUUGCAGUAUGUGCAUCGACAAAUGCUUAAUAGCAAUGCGGGCGGUGAUUCCUCUGAGGAGGGUCUUACCUCUUCGGCAGAAAAUGAAAACGCUUUGGAAGAACUUGAACGUUUAGUGGGUGUCCCUCGGCCCGAUUUUCUGCUAUUGAUUAAAACAUUUUCCUAUAUUUUAAGACGUACCAGUACUUACAUCAUUAAACCCUCGCUGCUGCAGGCCGAAUUACGUGAUAAACUGCAGCUGCAAGAUGAGGCCAAAAUCGAUGCCAUUGUACGUUUGUGGGUACGACAAACCACACCCAUUAUGAAUAAUUUAGCUAGUGAUCGUUAUGAAUCGAAUGAAAUAGCCGAUGUGGCAUGGAAGCUUAACGUCGAAAUAUCUUCUCAAUGUCAACAACGUGAAAAAUCGGCUUUAGCCGUUUUGCAAUUGAAAACUGGUGCCGGUGAGGAUAUAAAUUUAGAAAUGAAUCAUGAAGAAUUGUUGCAAUUGUAUCAACAAUUUGAAUGCAUACAAAAUGAAUUGGAUGCCAUGAAUGCUCAGCCCAAGUCGGGGGCAAAAAGUCAAAAUUAGACUAAAAAGAAAAAAAUGUAAUUAUGUGUUAAAAUUAUUAUAUUGGAAAUGAGGUUGUUGUUUACAUUACCCUAGAAGUAUUGUUAAGAUGAAAAAAAUAUAAUUUUUUUUUGUUACUUUUAA